AUGAGUCACGUAGCCUCUCUCCACCAACUCCACUCCCAGCCUACCUGCGGUGAACCCUGUUACGUCGGGAAACCUAUAAUCGAGAUUGCGGUAGCCAACCGCUUUGGAGAUAUAGGUCGACAAGCAGCAGCAGGGGGUCCGGACCAUGAAGUCACUCAGUCCGGAUGUCAGUCGUCGGCAGCAGGGCGUUCUGAAUACUAUGACAUCAGUACUGCGGUGCAGAAGGCAAGGGGAAACCACUGCACUAACUUUCCCAAGAAACCCGUUAUGAAAAAUGCUAGUGGUGUGGAAGCAGCUCGUCGCCGAUUCACU